CUCACAACAAAAACUCCACCCAAAGCAGCGACACACCCACCUUUGCCUCAAUCUCAGUUGAUAACCACAACACAUAUCAUUUGGCAUAUUAGCGACAUAGUGCACUCGAUUUUUCGCACAUAAAUUUGUCGCAAGCUGCGCGACAGAGAAAAGAUGUCGCAAGACAUGGGCAUGUUCUCGGUGCGCCGAGCUCGAGAAGUAAGUUUUAACAACCUUUGAUACAAAAGUGCGCAAAUGCGCGACAACAUGAACACACACUCAUAUGUACAUAGACCCUUGGUGGUAUCAACUUCAACUCAAACCUCCCUCAGCCAGCGUCCGCAUUAAAACGAUCAAACUCCAUGUCAGCAAAUCAGUUCACUGCCAGCCAUGCAAAAUCAGUGUCGGGGUCGCGCGCAUCACUUGCCCCACCUAGACCAAGCCAACCUCAAUUCUCGAGAUCCUCGUCGGGAACAAAUCUGGCAGAUUUAGGCAUGUCUUCAGUCAAGCGAUCAUCCUUCCAGAACAGUGGCGGUAGAAAGAGUUUUGCGCCUACGGGAAUGGGUCGGCCAUCAACUGAGGGGACAGAACAGCAAAGAAGAAGUAGUGUAUACAGGUCGAGAGCCUCAUCGAGCGGUCCCACGCCCCAUCAAAGCUUCUUUCAACAGACGCCAGCGCCAGCAGGAGUACCUCGAGAUCCGCGGCCAUUAAAAGAUCGCCAAUAUCAGGCAAAGAUUGGUCAGGAGCUUUUGGAUUAUAUGGCUGGAAACAAUUUUGAAAUGGAUAUGAAGCAUACUCUGUCACAAAACUCCAUAAAAUCGCCAACUCAGAAGGAUUUUGUAUACAUGUUUCAAUGGCUUUAUCAUCGGAUCGAUCCAAGCUACAGAUUCCAGCGGAGUAUAGACCAAGAAGUGCCACCCAUCUUGGCCCAGAUGCGAUACCCGUUCCACAAAAGUAUCACCAAGAGCUCACUUGCUGCCGUUGGAUCACAAAACUCCUGGCAUCUUUUUCUCGGAAUUUUGCACUGGAUGAUGCAACUUGCGCAGAUGCUGGAUGGAUACAAGGCGAAUCAAUACGACAAUGCAUGUGCGGACGCCGGUAUUGAUGUUACGGGAGACAAAAUUGUUUUCGAUUUUCUUAGCCGCGCAUAUCGUGACUGGCUGUCGAUGGACGAUGAAGCAGGAGAUGAUGACCAGGAUCGGUUACUCGCUCCCCAUGUCGAAGCGAUGGCCGAAGAAUUCGAUGCGUCCAAUUCCAAAUAUCUAGAGCAAUUACAGAUGUUGGAAGCGGAAAAUUUGCGUCUACAAAAAGACAUCGAGAUCUUGGAAAAAGCAGGAAAUGACGUUGCAACUUUGGACAGGAAUUUCAAGAUUAUGGAGGAAGAUAAGGUCAAGUUUGAGGAAUUUGAUAACCGUAUGAAUCAGAAAUCUGAGAAAUACGAGGCAAGAAUCCAGUUUUUGCAAGAGGAGCUGGACAAAAUGAUGCUUGAGUUGAAAGAAGCCGAUGACGAAAGGGCAAGCUUGCAAAAGGCUGUUGACGACCAGGGCAUCAGUAUGGCAGAUAUUGACCGAAUGACUUCUGAAAGAGAGCGGCUUCAGAAAGGCAUUGAAUCUACAUCCCUGAGACUAGAGGAAGCGAAGAAAAAGGUAUUGGAGAAGGAAGGAGAGGCAAGUCGAAAACUGGAUGAUUUGGAGAGAAUGGUUGAAAAGUACAACAGUCUCGGAUACCAAAUUGGUUUAAUCCCUUCGACUGCUCCAAAUGCCAAGGGCAAGAAUUUCGAACUUCAAGUCAUGGCCAACGAAGGUCCUGACUUUUCUGCGUCUCAAAUGGGUGCAUCCCGCAAUGGAAACUCGGAUAGCGACAGAUUGCUGGCAGACCCAGUUACUGGAUAUCAACCAGCUCAUAUACUGAAUCUGGACCUUCGUGGACAGUUGAAAGCUAGUUUCUUGAAUCUGAGAAAAGAAAUAUCCGAAAGACGGACUGUUGCAAUGGAUGAAAUGAUGAAACAUCAUGAUCUACUUGAUGGCAUCAAAGAAGCCAUUGAAGAUAAGCGAGGUGAGGUUGAGGCACUCGAGCAUCGAGUACGGGCUGCCGAAGAAGAGUAUGAGAAGACCAAAGAGGUAAGAUUAGUUUGACACCUUUAGUAAACCCCGAAAUCGGUCUAAUGAAUCAAAUAGGUCACCCAUACACAAAAACUAGCCUCAGACACCCAAAUCGAGAAGAUGGAGAAGGAAUUAGCAAAAAUGCGAGCGGGUCUCACCGAAUCCGUUCAAUUGAUGGAGCAAAGAGAAAUGAAUACAAAUAUUGAGUAAGCCACUUUAAUCACUAUAGCUGACAUACCACUAACAUACCCAGGUACGAACAACUUACCCUCCGAGCAAAUGCACUUCGUGAGGAACUCCACACGGAGAUUGAAAAGAUGUUGAACGACAUAAUCAAAUUCAAGGUCCACAUCCAGAAAAAUCUCGAGGAUUACGAAGGGCUUGUCUCUGAGGAGGUGGAGCAGGAACUUGGUGGUGAUGAGGAGGUGCUUGAUGAUACCCAGGAUAUUGAGAUGAGAUGAUCACGUUGCGGUCUGGUGGAUGAUGUUGAUGAUUCUCUUGGCUUCUGUGUAAAUCUUUCUUUCCUUCCACAGGCGUCUUCACAAGCCUUGGAUACCUUAUAUGGGGGACUGGCGUUUUUUUGUGUUUCUUUGGUUUCGUACCUACUGAUUGACACUGAAUAUUUAUAUCCCUCUUAAGCGAUUGAUGGAUUUUGU